AUCCAACAUGCAGCCACCACUGCAUGACAGAAUGAAAUCUCAGGUAACCUUCCCACAUCAGAUUGAAGUCCAAACCUGAAGGACCUGUUUGCUGAGUUAUUGUACAAGGAAGAGAACAAGGAAACAAAAGUAUUUUUUAUUUACCUCUCAGUUUGGAUGCAUGUCUCUCAUGGACACAUAUACGGGCAACGUACAGGAGGAAUUGCAUGAAAACAGGUCUAAAAAAAUUGACUGGAUAACAGAAGAAUCCAGGAAUAAAUGUAAAAAAUUCAGGAGCUCAAAAACUGGGGAGUGUGAUUACUGACCAGACUGGGGAACCAAAAGGAAAAAGCCCAACAAGUAAUAAAAAAGAAACAGAACAGUAGGAUAAACCAGGAAACUACACAGAGAGGGAUGAACAUACAGCAAUUAAUGAGCUAAAUGUGGAAACUUUACAAUGAGUCAGUCUGAGGAAAGCAAGGAGGCGUCUGUGCCCAUGAAUGAUGGUCUGUCCUAUGAAAACGGCACACAGGUCGGACCUCAAAGGAACGAGGAGAAAAGCUCCACAUCUGAUUCACAGAGUCCUUCCCUGAAAAAUCAGAAAUCCAUGGAUCAUCCUGAUACUUUCCAGAAGGAAGAUGGAGUUUUAAUGGCAGAGCAGACGAAGUUCCCCAUGAAAACGAACAAACCCUUGGUUUCUCCAAUUGGUUUCAAACAUUUGAUGCGGAGAACAAUAAACUCUCCUACACCAAGUGUUGUGUCCCUGAAGAACAACGACUCAAUGAAUUACCCUGUUAAUUUUAAACGUUCUUCAUUUUCAGGUUUCAGACGUAUAACAGGAAACUCUUCCACACCGAGCAUUGUGUCCCUAAAGAGCAACGACUCGAUGGAUUACCCCGCUAAUUUUAAAGGUUCAUCAUCGUCAGGUUUUGGGCAGAAAACGGGAAACUCCUCUACACCGAGCAUCAUGUCCCUAAAGAGCAACGACUCGAUGGAUUACCCUGCUAAUUUUAAAGGUUCUUCAUCUUCAGGUUUUGGGCAGAAAACAGGAAACUCUUCUACACCGAGCGUUAUGUCCCUAAAGAGCAACGACUCGAUGGAUUACCCUGCUAAUUUUAAAGGUUCUUCAUCUUCAGGAUCUGAACACAAAAUACUAGAGGAGACCAGCAGUUUUCAUGGAGACCUUCACAAAGUUUUUCAGAGACUUGAGAGAGAAACUGUCAUUCUUGUAAGGAACGAGCUGAAGAAGUUGCAUCAGCUGUUGACUCCCAAUUGCCUGAAACGCCUUUGGACAGAUGAUGUGAUCAGAGACGAGUUUCAUUGUGAGGAAAGAGAGAAGAUCCUUACAGGAGAAGAAGUGGAGGUCAUGAACUUCCUGAGGGAAUUUUUGAGGAUGAUGAAGCAUGGAGACUUUGCUGAUGCUCUAUCGUCCAGUCACUCUGUCAGAAGCCCAUCUAAGGACAAAGAUGAGUCACAUGUGACCAAACUCUCUGAACUUGAUGACCAGCAGCUCAAAUCUGAGAGAAUCCCCCCAAAGGCAGACAUGGACACAAUAUUUAAGAAUCUUGAGGGGAACAUUGUUGUCUUUGUUGAGAAUGAGCUGAGAAAUUUUCACAAGCUCUUAAACCGAGAAACUGUUCAAAGCCAAGAUGAGGAUGAAGAGGUUUUAAAUUGGGAGGAGGAAGAGCAGAAGAAAAUGACCAAAGAAGCUUUUCUGAACAUGAUCUUGGAGUUUUUGAGAAGAAUGAAGCAAGAAGAGUUGGCCUUUGCUCUACUAAACAAUAGUGUUAUGUCAAAAUGCCAAUCUAAACUCAAAUCCAACCUGAAGACGAGGCUAGCAUAUGUGCUUGAAGGAAUUGCCAAAGAAGGUCAUCCAACCCUUCUUAAUAAGAUCUACACUGACCUCUACAUAACUGAAGGACGUGAAGAGGUCAUCCGUGACCAUGAAGUGAAACAUUUUGAAAAAGCUCUCAGAAAAAUAGUUAAACCACUAACAAUCAAAUGUGAAGAUAUGUUUAAACCUACCACUGGAAGAGAUAAACCUGUCAGAACAGUGAUGACAGAGGGAGUAGCUGGCAUUGGAAAAACAGUCUUGACACAGAAGUUUGCACUGGACUGGGCUGAAGGAAAAAAUAACCAAGACAUCCAGUUCACAUUUCCAUUUUCUUUUAGAGGACUGAACAUGAUGAAGGAGAAAAGGUUCAGUUUGGUUGAACUUAUUCAUCUUUUCUUCCCAGAAAUGAAAGAAGCUGGAAUCUGCUCUUUUGAACACUUCAGAGUUUUGUUCAUCUUUGAUGGUCUGGAUGAGUGUCGAUUUCCUCUGGAUCUCAAAACCAAAGAGAUUCUGACCAAUGUUACACAGUCCACAUCAUUAGAGGUACUGCUGGCAAACCUUAUCAAGGGGAGGUUACUUCCUUCAGCUCUAGUCUGGAUCACAACUCGACCUGCAGCAGCCCAUCAUAUCCCUCCUGAGGUUGUUGAUCUGAUGACUGAAGUGAGAGGAUUCAAUGAUCCUCAGAAGGAGGAGUACUUCAGAAAGAGAUUCACAGAGGAAGAGGAAAGCAAAAUGGUCCUGUCUCACAUCAAAUCAUCAAGAAGUCUCUACAUUAUGUGUCACAUCCCUGUCUUCUGCUGGAUCAUUGCUACUGUUCUAGAGGACACCAUUAAAGCCAGAGAAGAAACAGACCUACCCAACUCACUGACAGAGAUGUAUGUCCUCUACCUGGUGGUUCUGUCCAAGGUGAAGAAUGUCAAGUAUGACGAAAAGGCUGACAAAAAUGCCUUCUGGACUCCAGAGACCAGGGAAAUGAUUAAAUCCUUGGGAAAACUGGCCUUUGAACAGUUAAUGAAAGGCAACCUGUUCUUCUAUGAAUCUGACCUGACAGAGUGUGGCAUUGAUGUCAGAGCAGCCUCAGUGUAUUCAGGGGUUUUCACAGAGAUAUUUCAGGAGGAGAAAGGGUUUUUCCAUCAGAACAUGUUCUGCUUUGUCCACUUGAGCAUUCAGGAGUUUUUGGCUGCUCUUCACGUCCAUCUGACAUUCAUCAACACUGGUGUCAAUCUGCUGGCUGAAGAGGAAUCAGUCUCACCUGGGUCAAAGAUGUCUCAAGACCAAUUUGAGGACUUCUACAAGAAAGCUGUAGAUAAAGCUGUAGACAGUCCAAAUGGCAAACUGGAUCUGUUUCUAAGAUUCCUUCUGGGUCUUUCUCUGAAAACCAAUCAGAGGCUCCUCCAAGGCUUUGUGACAGAAAGAAAAAUAUCAAGCAGUUCAUUGAAAAACAUAGCUCUGUACAUCCACAAGAAGAUUGAAAAUAUAGAGUGUCCAUUUGAUAAAGCCAAUUUAUUUCACUGUCUAAAUGAACUGAAGGAGCUUUCUUUAGUGGCAGAGAUUGAACAAAUCUUGAAAUCAGGAAAACUGGAGACAGAAAAUUUCUCUACAGUUCAGUGGGCAGCACUGAUCCACAUUCUGAUGUCUUCAGACGAUUAUGAGAAAAACUUUGAUGUGAGAAAAUAUUAUAUUUCAAAGCAGGUUCAAGAGAGUUUUGCACCACUCUUAUUAAGCUCAACUAAAGCUGUACUCAGUUGCUGUUUCCUGAAUGUGGAAAGCUAUACACAUAUGGGAAAUAUACUCAGUGAUCCGUGCUGUUUAUUGAAAGAUUUGGACCUGAGUAACAAUGACAUGAAAGAUUCAGGACUGAAGCUGCUGUGUGAAACACUUUCCAAACCAGUCUGUAAACUUGAAACUUUAAGGUUGUCAGGUUGUUUAAUCACAAGAGAAGGUUGUGAAGUUCUGGUAUCAGCUCUGGCUUCUAACCCAUCUCACCUCAAAGAACUGGACCUGAGUUACAAUUACCCAGAAGAACAUGGAGUGGCACUCCUCUCUGCUGGACUGGAAAACCCAAACUGGGCAUUAACAACUCUUAGGGUGGAGCCGAGUGGAUUACAGUUUUUAAAACCCGGUCUGAGCAAGUAUGCUGUUGAACUCAUCCUGGACUCCACCACCACACACAGAAACCUCACACUAUCUGAAUUUAACAGAAUAAUGACAGUGGGACAAGGAGAGAAAGUCUCUUGGUUUGAUGCUGAGGAGGAGCUGCUGGGUAAACAUGAUCUCACUGGUCGCUGUUACUGGGAGGCAGAGUGGAGAGGAAAAGCUUCCAUUGGAGUGACGUACAAAGAAAUCAGAAGGAGAGGGGAAAGUAAUCGCUGUGGUCUUGGAAUGAAUGAUCAGUCAUGGGCUUUGUUGUGCUCAAAGGAAGGAUUCUCUGUUCUGCACAACAACAAAAUAACUAAAAUCUAUGUAGAUCCAUCAAACAAAGUAGGGGUGUAUGUGGACUGGCCUGGUGGCACUGUGUCUUUCUUUGGGGUUUUCCCUGACAAAAUGACCUACCUUCACACCUACAAUACCAAAUUCACUGAACCUGUGUAUCCUGUUUUGAGAAUAGAGCCUGAACCCAUAAAAAAUUAGAAUGGCCACUAUGCUGUAACUACUAGAAUGGCCAGAAGCUUUCCUAUUGACCACCCCUUAAAUAAAUCACAACAAAAAUAAUAGGUAAUAUAAUUAAACAAUAAUUUUUAAAACCAAAAUAACACCAAAAGAGACUUUUUAAAUUUAAUAUACAAAGGUGUAUUAUGCAUCAAACUUUUAAGUUAUCAUGACAUAUUUGCAAGAGAAAAUUUUCUCAAUUAUUUUCAACUUGAAGCCAGUGCAGAGCACCUCUCUUUGCCCAACACAACUCCCGCACAUAGCUUUGUGGCAUCCGGUGUAGCUGUCAGAUUUUGUAGUUAACAAAAGUUAGCAGCAUCUCAUGGGUGAGCUGCCAAACAUCCUGGGCAUCUCAGUUGUUCAAGACCAAGCAGAAAAUUGCAUUUUUAUUUUGUCAUCUGAAACAUCUUGUUGCAACACCUGCUGACCAAAGUGUCAAGCUGUAAAUGGAUGCUGGUGAGAGUAAUCCUGUAAAUCCUGUUGUACUACUGUCCAACAGAUGACAUGAAGGCAGAAUAUCUCAACAAAGCCUCUUGCAAGACAGAAGUCUGAUUAUCUUAGGAGAGAUAGUCUUUUAUUUUUCUAAUGUAAAUAUGUGAUAUAAUGUUCUGCCAUGUUGUUGCAUUGUAACAUGGAUGAUAUGUUUCUUCUGAAUAGCAGUACAAUAAUAAGCAAGAAAGGAAAAUCACUGAUAUGUUAGUAUAGUAAGUUUUUGAGUUUAGUUUAUUAUUUAAACAUUAUUUUGUAUCUUUAUGCCACUGUCAAAAUUAAGAGGGAGUGUAUAAUGAAUGUAAAGGGAGAGACUACAGUGCUGCCAUCUGUUGCAUCUUUUAAGUAUUCCAGUAAGUAAAUAAACAUGCUGAAACGUUAUUCUCAUCAGUUUAAUAUGGCCGUUAAUCACUUGUUUUUAAUGACUUACUCACUUCAUGUGUGAUUUGUAAGAGGAUACUGUGCGUAUGGAUGUAUAUACAGUAUUUAGAUUAUUGUAGCACAUAAAUAGGAGUUUUUUUGCAUUGCUUGUUCAUGUGUGUGAUUUUAUACUUCUAUCAUGUUCAAAAAUAAAUAAAUCAAUAUUUUUCUAG